CCGGACAUGGCAACAGAGACCUGGAAGGAAGUCUGCAGGAGAAAGCGAGAGGAACAAGCAGCUUCCAUACCUACAACUUGGUUACUUCCCUCUUUACCUCCCGCAUCAACUCUGAACGUCCUGGGCAUCCCUCGAACAUGUGGCCUGUUGUCCGAGAAAGAACUAGAGAUCACAGAACUGGACGAUAUUGCUCAGCUCCUUGAAUCGAUUGAAACAGGAAAAUGGUCAUCAGUACAAGUUGUCACAGCGUUCGCGAAACGCGCAUGUAUAGCGCAUCAACUUACGAACUGCUUGACAGAGAUCUUCAUCGAUAAGGCGCUGGAAAGAGCUCGGUGGCUGGAUGACUAUCUUAAGACAGAAGGGAAGCCUAUCGGACCACUGCACGGGCUACCGAUCUCUCUGAAGGACCAGUUCUGCAUCAAGGGGCUGGAUACAGUGAUGGGUUAUGCGGCUUGGGUUGGCAAAACCGCAGAAGAGGACUGCACCCUCGUCUCCCUGCUUUUGGAACUCGGCGCCAUCCCGUACGUGCGGACCAACGUCCCCCAAACGCUUAUGUGGGGUGAAACAUACAACAACGUAUAUUUACGAACUGUGAACCCCUACAACCGACUACUCACACCUGGCGGGUCCUCGGGGGGCGAAGGCGCUCUCCUCGCACUACACGGUUCCCCAUUAGGCGUCGGUACAGACAUAGGCGGUAGCGUGCGCAUCCCCGCAACAUGGUGCGGCCUCUAUUCCCUUCGCCCGUCGUACAACCGUCUUCCAUACCAAGGAGCAUGCAACUCGUUCGAGGGUUUCGAAGCCGUCCCCUCCGUUCUAGGGCCGAUGGCACACUCCCUUCCCGCACUCAAGACGUUCACCAAAGCGAUUGUUAAUGCCAAACCAUGGGACUGGGAUCCGGAAGCGGUACGGAAGCUGUGGAGUGAGCGAGAGGAGAAGUUGGACGAGCAUGGGCAGGGGAAGGGGUUGUGUUUUGGGAUACUGUGGGAUGACGGGUUGGUGCGCGUGCAUCCUCCUGUGGGCAGAGCACUGGAGAUGACUAAAGCAGCUGUCGAAGCUGCUGGGCAUACAGUGAUCGAAUGGAAGCACUACAAGCCCCUCGAGAUCCGCGCUGUAUUGAACGCCCUCUUCCUCUCCGACGGUGGGACGGACUUUGUCGCACACACCUCUCUCCCGCCACACGAGCUCCUGCUCACCACCGUCUUCCCGCGUCCUGAUUCGCCCUUUUCCCACCCGUCGCUCGCUCUACCCCCACCAGCAGAAAACACGCUCCUCCUCCCACACCCAUCCAUCCCCGUUCAUGAGCUCUACUCACUACACGUCGAGAAGCGCCAGCUAGCAAAAGGGUUCCUCGACGCCUGGAUCUCCUCCCGCACACGUACAGGCACCGGCCGCCCGGUAGACGCGCUCCUCGCGCCUGUCAUGGCUACACCCGCACCGCCGCACGGGAGGAACGCGUACGACUUUUACUGCGAGUACUGGAAUGUCGUCGACUGCCCCUGUGUGGUGCUGCCUGUUACUAAGGUCAAUCCUGAGGUGGACAGGAAAGAGCCGGCGUGGGAAUGGAGGUGCCAGGAGGAGAGGGUCGUGCACGAGCUUUACGAGCCGGAGUUGUUUAGGGACAUGCCGGUGGGGAUCCAAGUGAUUGGCAGGAAACAGGAGGAAGAAGCAGUGCUCAGUAUCGCCCAGCUCGUGGAUGAUGCGCUGAAAUCCCAUGCUGUAGCAAAGCAAGAUGAAUUAGAGUCAUAAUAGAAUGAGUACACCCUCUCUACAACACCAUCGCCAUCUACAGGCACAGACAAGACAAGGGCUCAGAACGCCAUCCGGUAACUGGCGUAACGACCCGAGGUCUCGGAGGGACGAAUGAUACGCACAACCUGACCGCGCUUGAGACCAUAGUAUCUUGCAACAGGGUCGCCGAGCUGGAUCCUCGGGAGCUGGGAAUCCCUCAACCGGUACUUCUCUAACAAAUCCUUCUUCUCUUCCGGGGACAUGACCUCAUGCUUCGGUACCAGUUUGUGUUUCGUGAUAUUGACGAGCAGCUCGCUUUCCGCAAACUCCUCGAGCGUGUACGACUGCGCCAUCUGGGCGAUCACCUUCCUCGAGCUGGGUGUCAUCGCCGUGGGGUAGAUAAUGAUCCCGCGCUGGAUGGCCUUCUCGUCCAGGAUGUGUAUGAAUCGACGCAUAGUCUUGAUACCGACGGACUUUUCGUCAGCGAAGAAGACGAAGAUCUGGUCUGAGGGGUUGGACCGGGAGUUGGUGAAGAAGUUGAGCUGGUUUCGGUCAACCCUCCCAUGCUGCGCAUAGUGUGACCGGAAAUUAUCCAGAGUCAGGCUAAGCUCCUCAUCCGAUACCUGAAAUCCCCGGUCAUUAACCAGUUCGUGUAUUGUCCUAUUUAUACGCCAUAGCCUGGCAGUUUCACGGUUGUCGUCUUCUGCCAUUGUGUUGCAAUCAGGGAGGGAGGAUGAGAUGA